AUGCCAGGACGAUUACAAGAUCGAAUUGCCAUCAUCACAGGUUCCUCGUCUGGCAUAGGUCGGCAAACAGCAUUUCUCUUCGUCAAAGAAGGAGCCAAGGUUGUCUGCGCAGAUCUGCAACCUGGUACAUGGCGUGAAGAUGCCGCACAGAACGGAGAGUCAGAUGGUCCUACACAUGAGCGUAUCACGCAGGACGGUGGGAGUGCCAUUUUUGUCAAAACCGACGUAUCGAAGCCAGAAGAAGUGGAAGCUUUGGUAGCAGCUGCAGUCAAAGAGUAUGGAAGAUUAGAUAUCAUGAUCAACAACGCCGGCUUCGCCCUCGAAUCCCGCAACCCCCAACCCAUCUGGGACAUGCCCCUCGACGUCCUCGACAAAAUGAUCCCCGUCAACAUCAACGGCGUCUACUACGGAAUCAAAUACGCCUCCAAACAAAUGAUCACCCAAGAACCCCUCCAACCUUCCGGUGACCGCGGCUGGAUCCUCAACGCCGCUUCUGUCUACGGUCUCGUCGGUAGCGCUCACGCUUCUGUCUAUUGCACCACCAAAGGCGCCGUAGCGAAUCUUACACGCGCUGCGGCGUUGGAUUGUGCGCCGUAUAGAAUUCAUGUUAAUGCGGUUAAUCCGGGGUAUGUGCAUAGUCAUAUGACGGAUCCGUUGUUUGCGGCGCCGGAGGUUUUGAAGGAUAUUGAGCCGCUGCAUCCUUUUAGGGGGUUGGGCAGGCCGGAGGAUAUUGCGAAGGCGUAUUUGUUUUUGGCGAGUGAUGAUGCGCAGUGGAUGAGUGGGGUGAAUAUGAAUGUUGAUGGAGGGUUUUUGGCGAGGUAGAAUAGAAGGUGGAUUGGAUGGGAAAGUUGUGGGUCGCAAGCAAUUCAUUUCACGACCACGACCUAUGCCUGUAUCUCUAGUCAGUCCUGCGCA